AUGGCCACGCAGGAACAACACGGCGUCAGCACCAGCGCCGAUGGCGACGCGGCCCUCCAUGCAGCCCUCCGCGCCAUUCGCUACUCGGCGACGAACAGGACGCCCGACCCAGAGGCAUUCACAAGACUGCAGGCCAUGUGCCCGGCCCUCUCGUCGAAAGAGCGAUAUGCGGAACAUCAAUACAUGUUCAGUUUCUGCUUUCUCGAGCACUUGCGUGCCGUGGUCGAGGCCAACGACCUGCCGGCGAUGCUCGAGUUCAUCCGCGUCGAGCCGGGCCUGCUGACGCUCGAGUGCCCGGCCGAUAGGAUGGACCCGCCCUUGGUGCUGGCCGUCAGGCUGGGCCACAACGACCUUGUCGCGGCCUUGCUGAAGCACAGGGCCAGCGUCCCGCCCCAUCUCCAAACACAGUCCGGGUAUGACGACUGGGACGACCGCGGGUCCUGGGGCACGCCGCUGACGACCGCGUGCGCCAUGGGCCGCUUGGACACGCUGAAACUGCUGCUGGACGGCAUGCCGGACGCCGACAUUAACGAAGUCGACAAUCUCGGUCUGACGCCGUUUUUGGCCGCGGCAAGCAAGCAUCAUGGCCCGACAGAAGACCGGCUCACGUUGCUCUGCUUCCUGAUGGAGCGCGGCGCCGACGUCCACGCUGUGGAACGAAUCUGGUUUGCCUAUGACGAAUAUCUAAAACAGAAAGUAGAGGCCGACCUCCAAAACGAGGAGGGGAUUGACGACGACAACCACGACGACGACGACGACGAUCUGUACGAGUUUCGGCCGCGUCCGGGCGGAUACGGAAACGCUCUGGCACUGGCCAUGGGGCAUCCAGACACGGACCCGGCCAUCUUGAAAUUUCUGAUCGAGGCAGGCGUCGAAGUGUAUCAAAACCGGGCACAGGCCGUCCGGCACUUGGCCCAUUCCAACGAUCUCUAUGACCCCAGCAGACCUCGAGACGAAUGGGCCUUCUUGUCGCCUUUGGCCAUUGGCGCCCUGUACCGCAACCCCGUCGGCAUCAAGACGCUCCUGGAGCUCUUGCCCAACGACCACGGCCGGCUUCUCGCUUCAACAGAUGCCACCAUUGUUCCCAGUCCAUGGCCUGAACCACCGACCCCAGAGGACGCCGUCCCUGUGAUUCUGCCCCUUCACGCGGCCCUCCUGGGCCCUUAUACCCACCUCUUCGGCUACAUGCCGGGUAGCGAGGACAACUCAGCGGCAGCCCUCGACGUGGUCGGGCUCCUCACGGCCGACGAGACCAUCCGCGCAGCCACCAUCAACGCACGCUACCGCCAGCGCCACACACCGGUGCACAUCGCCACCGCCUUCGACACCAUCCCCAUGCUACAGACUGUGCUCGAGCUCGGCGGCGAUGCCACCAUCCCCCGCCACGAUGGCCAAGGCCUGAUUCUUGCCCUCUUUUCGUCCGUCUCCCGCCUCUCGCCCAAGAACUCGCUCGAGUCCAUCGAAUGGGCCGUCGCCGUCGACGCUGCCACCGAUAUGCAGGCCCUGCUCACCGUGUUGCUGGACCGGUGCUGUCCGCGCGGCGAUGGAACAGAGGCCACAGACGACGACGAAGCCGCCGCCCGCCUUGCUCUUCUCAACGAGGCCGACGCCAACGGCAACACGCCGCUGCACUUUGCCAUGGGCUACCGUCUAGAACGGUCGACGGCGGGUCUUCAGGCCCUCGGUGCACGGACGGAUGCGGUCAACAAAGCGGGCGAGGUGCCGGCCACGCCGCCACAAUACGGCCUGCCAAAGUUUUGA